GCGAGCUAACCACAGCCAGCUAACAGCUAACAACUAAAACCAAGUCCUAUAUCCAAGUACCAACCUUUCAAAAGAUCCAUCAAGAUGCGUUUGGGACAGACUGUACCUAACUUCAAGGCCGAGACCACCAAGGGCCCCAUCAACUUCCACGAGUGGCAGGGCAACCAGUGGGUGGUGCUCUUCUCGCACCCCGCUGACUUCACGCCGGUGUGCACCACUGAGCUGGGAAGGAUCGCUGUCCAUCAGCCAGAGUUCGCCAAGCGGAACACCAAGUGCCUGGCGCAUUCCGUGGACGCCUUGAACUCCCACGUCGACUGGGUGAACGACAUCAAGAGCUACUGCCUGGACAUUCCCGGCGACUUCCCAUACCCGAUCAUCGCCGACCCCACCAGGGACCUGGCCGUCAGCCUGGGCAUGCUCGAUGAGGAGCAGAAGCGCGACCCUGAGGUGGGCAAGACCAUCCGUGCGCUGUUCAUCAUCAGUCCGGACCACAAGGUGCGCCUCUCCAUGUUCUACCCCAUGUCCACGGGCCGCAACGUUGAUGAGAUCCUGAGGACCAUUGACUCGCUGCAGCUGACUGAUCGCCUUAAGGUGGUGGCCACUCCAGCCAACUGGACUCCUGGAACCAAGGUCAUGAUCCUGCCCACCGUCACCGAUGAAGAGGCCCACAAACUAUUCCCCAAGGGCUUCGACAAGGUCUCCAUGCCCUCAGGUGUUAACUACGUCCGCACCACUGAGAACUAUUAGCCAUUCCAUGCUAUUUUAAUUUUUAAUUUGUACCCAUUAUAUAUUUGUGCCAUAAAAAAUGUAUCUCUAUACAAUACAUGUUUUAAAAUAAAAAUUUUUUAACCAAACCAAAUGCAUAAAACUAGCUGAGUAC